GAUGCCCACCACCCGAAGGCAUUUGACUUACCUGAGAGUUGUAGGAACGCACAUCUGCACAAGACAUCAGCUACGCUUUGCGUGUGAUCGGUUACAGUAGCAAGAAAAGCAGAAAUCAGCCAGUUCAAUGUAGCCAGCCUGCCAGCACGAUCACUAAAGCUGGAUAGGAGCUCAUCGUCACUCUAUGAACAGCAGAUCUAAGGAGUUCAGAAGCCAUUUGGGACAAUGAGGAACUCUGGUGCCGUGCUGAUUUUGACCUUUAUUGCCAAAUUAAUAUUGCAAGCAGCAGGUGUCAGUCCGCCAGGCAAACCCAGACUCACAAGCUGUCGCUCUCCAGAGAAGGAGACCUUCACAUGCUGGUGGGAACCUGGAGGUGAUGGAGGUCUGCCAACCACCUACGCCCUCUACUACCAUCUAGAAAACUCAGAAACGGUCUACGAGUGCCCAGAUUACAGAACCGCGGGCGAGAACUCGUGUUACUUCAACAAAAACGACACAUCGCUUUGGGUCAACUACAACAUCACUGUGGUGGCCAGCAACGCCCUGGGGAAGAACAUUUCAGACCCCGUGGAGGUGGAUGUGGUCUAUAUAGUUCAACCAAACACCCCAGAGAACGUGAAAGCAGUUGUGGUCCAUGAUGAACAGGGUCCGUUCGUGAGAGUGUCCUGGGAGAAACCCCGAACGGCAGACACUCGCUCAGGGUGGAUCACGCUAAUUUACCAGAUACGAGUCAAACAAGAAAAAGAUGAAAAAUGGGAGGAAUAUGAUGCUGGUAUGCAGAAGUACUACAAUGUGUUCAGUCUUCACCCUGAUAAAGAAUGCAUGGUGCAGGUGAGAUGUAAACCUGAUCAUGGGUUCUGGAGUGAGUGGACCCAAACCACCUACGUCAAAAUGCCCAACUAUAUACCCAGAGAGCGUUCACUGUGGAUCCUGAUCACGAUAUUCUCGAUCUUCAUCGUGCUCAUCCUCACCUGGACGCUAAACGUUAAACGAAACAGCAUGAAGCUUUGUUUGCUGCCUCCUGUUCCUGGACCAAAAAUCAAAGGAUUCGACAAACAAUUGCUCAAGAGUGGAAAGACAGAGGACAUUUUCAAUACUCUGGUGAUCCAAGGUUUCCCUCCAACCACCGAUUACGAAAACUUACUGGUGGAGUACCUUGAGGUGUAUGACAAUGAGGAGCAAGAGCUGGUACUGGAAGGUAAAGAGCUAUCAGAGGACUUCAUGAAGUCCAAAAGCUCGUCGGACAACGACUCGGGCCGGGGAAGCUGCGACAGUCGCACUCUGCUUUUGGAGAAAUGCAUGGAUGGACGGGAAGGAAGUGGAAGUGAUCAACAUCAGUACAGCCAGCAUGGAGAAACGAGCUGGGCUUCUACUGAAAGCAGUGAAAGCCAGGGUGCUGAACCGGGUUCUCCAGAGUCCACCGAUGGACGUGCCAAGACCUGGCCUGUUGUGUUUCCGCAACCUCACCACCAUUACCCAGUGGGAGCUGUGAAACCGGCCUACCACAGCGUCCCAGAGAUCCUCAACCAGUUGUCGCCACAUGCAACGCCAAGCAAUUAUCACCAGCUACACCAUCAGGACAUCCCGCAACAGGAACUCCGGUUCAGUAAAUCAGCCUGCCGACAUUCUCAAAGCUACAACCAGUUUAACCUGGACGGCAUUGACACUCCUGCUCCUGGUGUGCCUCCGUUACCUUCUUUGGAAUAUGUGGAGGUUCAAAGGGUCAACCCUGAGAAUAUGCUACUGCUUAGGCCGCUUUCGGACCCAAACCGUGAACCUGAGAGGUCAGAUUGCACCGGGGAGGACUACAGCAAAGUCAAAGUAGUGACAUCACACAAUAUUCUGCUUCUGCAGAGGGAUACAUCCCAUCAGUGCGUGGACGAUUACAGCCAGGCUGAUCAGUGCACAACCCAGCAGCCACCUCACCCCUGCAAACCUGCUGUCCACCAAUGGAACAGUGUGAUGCCACAGGAAGGCAUGAGGGUGAUGGGAAACGGUUAUGUAGAUUCAACAGUCUUAAUGCCUUCCUUCUAGCACCUAGUGGUCCAAUGCAUGAAUGCAGCUAAAACAAACAAGCUGGAACAAGCCCACCACAAAACCACUAAAUUGUCAACAGCUCAUGCCAAGCCCUCUCAGAUCUUGCUACAGUGUUUUUUUUUUUCCAGUGGAUUUAUAUCUAUAAAAAUAUUCCCUUUUUAUUAGAUUGUAUUAGAUGUAAGGGUCUUGUUUCAGAGCUGAAGUCUGAACUUUUAUGUAAGCACUGUAAAGAGGCUGGAUUAUUGAAAAUAAAGAAGAACCUUUAACAUCCAUGGAACCUUUCCAUUACAUCUUUAUAGUGGAAAAAAAAAUCUUUAUAUAUUUUAAAUGUCCUUUUUUUAAGAACUAUCACUGCAAUGCUCUUUGGGGAACCUAAAAAUAUUUCUUCCAUGGUGCUGCUGUGAAAAACACUCUUUUGGAAUCUUUAUUUUUAAGAGUUUGAGAAGUCAUCGAUUUUGUUUCUUUGACAGAUUAUUUACUUUGAUGAGAUGACACUUAUAAACGCCAAAAAAAUCAAUUUUUACACUUAAAAGAGCUCUUUUAAAUCAAGUCUUUAAAGUUAACAUAAAACUGACAUAGAUCCCGUUUUCUUUAAUACACUUUUCUGAAAAAAGUGAUACAAUCUUUUGCCUGUGAUACAAUUUUGCCUUUUGGCUGUAUGUGAGUCAAUAGCCAAACAGCCAUUUGGGCAUUUUGUUUUCAUUGGAAAUUUCAUGGAAAGGCAACUUUUCAUGAUCUAGCAAUUGCCACUGGAAUUCUACUACUGUAUAUUUUAAUGCUGUUUUACUGAGAGAUGCGUGGUAUUUUGGAAGUCAAAUGGGAUAAUAAUGCCAUUUCAUGUUAACUUUUAAUGAUUUGUCUAAUUUAGAGAUUCAUGGGAAUUUAAAACUUAGCACUUAGUAUAGUUGCCCUCAUCAAUCCACAAUGUAUUAUGUUAUUGUAUGUAUUUUGCAUCAUGGCACCGUUACAUGUUCAAAGCCACUAUGCUAUAAUGUACAUGGACAAUUUUUUUAUUAACUAAUCUUGAGUGUUAUCAAAGCGUUCACCCAAUACAAAACUUUUCCUUGAUACAGUACAUGUCACUUCACAUUUAAAUUAAUUACAAAUAUAUUGGAAAUUACUAAAACAUCCAUCUGCAUGUUACAUAAACACAAGCAUUAUUUGCAGUUAGAGUCGGUUUACAGUGUUUUUUAGUGAAACAAAUUGCAUUCCAUUCAUGUUACAAUCUCAGCCAUAUCAUUCAAAAUAUCUUUGCUUAUCAAUAAUACACAAAUGCAAGAAUAAAUAAAUGAAAAGGUAUUUGAACUGAUUGUAAACUCUUAUAAAUUUACAAAAUUUGCCUUUGAUAUUUAAAACUCUCAGGUGGUGGAAGACUUGCUUAAACACUCCUGCUGAAUGUAUGUAUUAUAAAUGUUAUUGGCACUGAUUUUAAAAACGAAAGCACAACCGGUGUAAAAUGAAAGCUGUAUACUAGCAGCAUUAAAAUAUUUUUUCAAAAUAUGUCACAGUGAGAAUUUGUGUGUUUCUGUGAAUGUUAACCCCUCGAGAAUCUAUUUUUCCAUGUCUGUAUAUCUUUAAAUCAUAAGUAGCCAUUGAUUCAGCACUGCACAUUAGUUCUGAUAUUAAAAAGGAAAUUGUAAAAAUAUUUGUAAAAUGUUAGAGAUCGGAAUACCUGCAUUCAAUCCAACCAAACAGUUAUGUUGUUAAUGUACAAAUCACUAACCAUUAAACCAGUUACAAAGAAAAAUUUUAGCCUUUGCAAGUGCAAGAGUCAACCUCCACAUGUUGCCUUAUUUUAUGCAUGAAUCCCUGAAAGCAGACUGAAGAGUAUUUUUGGAAAGGGUCAUUUACUAAAUAUGUAUUUAUGCCUAAAGUUAUAUUACAUAUACGUGUUCAUAUAAAAUAUUUACUCAAAAGUUAUAUAUAAUAUGUAGAAAUGCAUUUAUAUGCCUAAGCCAUAAAUAAGUCAUCCCAUCCAGUUUUGCUGAUUUGUGAGUAGCGUUACAUUUUAUUAUAUCUUUAUUGUUUACCAGUCAUACAUAAAACAUAAAAAUAAAUCUGCAUGUAAAAGCAUAAUCUCUUUUAAUAACAGAUUUCUAACUCAGGCAAUGGCAAAUCAAUAAAACGCAUGUUUUUAACAGUAUCAAACCUAAUGUGGGGCAACAGUGCAAAAUAAUAUUUCAGUCUUU